GGAACAAGACGUGCUGUGUGUGGAAUACCAAAUAUAGAUAUAUUAAUUUUUUCUCGGAUUGGAUAGGCUACUGGUUUUCAACUCUGUUAUUUUCAAUGGAUAAAGUUGUAGUCUAUUGAAACGCUUUCUAGAAUUUCUACCGUUGCCAAAUCGUCCUUUGGAUAAAAAUGAGCACUUGAUGGAAAUUGGACUAUAAGGAAAUGAAGAAUCUUGAUUUCUUCGAUUUGAAGGAUUGCGAGUGAGCGGCCCUCCUAUAGAAGAUGGUUCCCUGUGUGUGUGGUGUGUCCCUGGCUGUGGUGGUGGUGGUGUUGCUGACCCUGGUGUCUCCUGGUGGUGCCUGCCCUAUGCCCUGCUCUUGCUACCAGCCCACUGAACUACAUUGCACCUUCAGGUCUUUGGUCAAUAUACCACAGCCCCUACCGCAACACACACUGCACAUCAACCUGGGGUUCAACAGUAUCAGCAGGAUCCCAGACAGCUCAUUGGCCGGUCUGAGGAGGCUGGCGCUGCUGAUGCUUCAUGGGAAUGACAUCCAUGAGAUUCCUGACGGAGCGUUCCAAGAUCUGUCCUCCCUUCAGGUCCUGAAGCUGAGCUAUAACAAGCUGAGGGAGAUCUCAGCAAAUAGCUUCUCAGGCCUGUCCUCUCUACAGCGCCUCCACCUGGAUCACAACUGGCUGCAGUCCCUCCACCCCCAGGCCCUGCUCCGCCUCCCCAACCUCAGACUGAUCCGGCUGCAGGGGAACCGGCUCCACCAGCUGCAUCCUCAGACCUUCUGCACUCUGUCCCUGCUGAAGACAUUCUGCUACUCCACCCUCAGGCAUCUGGACGUGUCCAACAACAGUCUGACUAACCUGCCCAGAGACACACUGAGGACCGCCCCUCUUCUGGAGUCCCUAGCUCUGCAGGCCAACCCCUGGAUCUGCGACUGCAGCAUGGCUUGGCUGCAGGCCUGGAGCAUCUCUCACCUAAGGUUGUUGAAAUGUCCGGGGCCACAGUGCCUGGUCUGUGCCUCACCCAAUCACCUGAAGGGACGUGGCCUUUUGCAGCAGAAAGACUUAUCCUGCACCUCGCCUGUAAUCGCCACCAAUCCCAGAGCCUCAUCUCAGGAGGAUGGCGAAGUUCAAUCAAUAGAAACUUUUAGAGAGGCUUUAGGCCACGCCUCCCUGGGGAUGUCCGACCAACAGGGGAAUGCCGUUGAUCUGAAGUGUAACAUCACACACUCCUCACAGACUCCUGACAUUACCCCACCACACCUUUCCUCCUCCUUCACCCCCCUCUCCAUCACGCUCUCCCUCUCCCUGGACUGUGGGGUGGAUGGGCACCGCUAUGAAAGGCUGUGGAGGCUGAUGGCCUACUACAGUGAGACGCCUGUCAGGCUUCAGAGAGAAAUCAUGUUGAGUAAAGCCCCAAGACUUGCCUACAGGUACAGACAGAGAGCAGAGAGAGAGGGCUACUACCAUACAGGGGUCAGGGCCAGUCUCCAAGCCCAGCCUGCCUGGUUACUGCAGCCCCAUGUCAGUCUCCAGUUCAACAGAGCUCAGUCCAGCACCCACAGCGUUAAACUGACUCUGUCCACCCUGGUGUCUGCCCCCCCAGACCUCCCAUCCCCACACCCCUGGGUCCUCAUCCAGACCAACCACACCCACACAGCUUUUACAGCAGCCGCAGACAGCCAGAUCCACCUGCCCUGCCCUGUCCUUAGCUCUACUGCAGACCUAAGCUCUGGAGAUCCCAGGCUCCAAUGGGUGUUCCCAGAUGGUUCAACAGUCUCCUCCCCCUACCACAGCUCAGAUGGUAAGGUCCGUGUGUCUGGCCAAGGGCUGAUCCUGCAGAGAGUGGAUCACUCUGAUGCUGGACUGUACUACUGCGUGGCCCGGGCGGGAGGAAAUGUCGAUGUUCUCCCCCUUCGUCUGGUGGUAGUAGAAUCAUCCAACCCUCCCCCAGGGGAGGAGCUAGGCCCUGCUGUGACUGGAUUGGUUGGAGACCCUGUCAGUCUGCCGUGCGAGGCCUCUGGUUCACCGAGGGUUGAGGUGAACUGGGUUCUUCCUGACGGGGGAGUGGUAGGGAGUAGGAACAAGGGGAGAAGAAGGGGGGGGGCAGGGGUGACUGUCUUAGCCAAUGGUACCCUGUCUCUCCCCUUUCCUGGGCUGGGAGACGCAGGGCUAUACCGGUGUGUAGCGGUGAACCAGCACGGUGCUGACUCUCUCUCCACCAGACUGAUUCUAACCCCACGUCCUUCCGACACCUCAUCACGCAUGACAUAUCCCAUGAGGCCACAGUCUGUGGCGGGGGUGUCCAACAGGUUACCAGCCCCUCUAGGGGGAAAGGAGGUUGAAGAGGGGGUGUCAGGAAAUGACGAAGGGGAGGAGGAGAACAUACUUCCCACCAGGGCAGGUUACACCAGGAGGAGAGGUCCUAGACCCAAAUCCCCCCUGACACGGCGCCCCCCCGUUGGAUCCCACACAGUGAGGGUGGAGGGAGGCGGAUCCCCUCAGAGGGGCAGGAGGCCCCUGAGGAGAGGCUUCCCUGUGGAGCAGAGGAGGAACAGGCUGGAGGGCCGCCGGAGGUUUAACCUGGCCAAACACAAGAUAGACCCUCAGAAAUGGGCCGACCUGCUGGCUAAGAUACGUGAAAGGACUGCCCCUAAAAUCACAGACUCCCUGUAUGUACCAUCCCCAACUAGAGCACUUACUACGACCUCAGCCCCAACUAGAGCAAAGACAACCACCUCAACCCCAACUGAAGCAAAGACAACCACCUCAACCCCAACUGAAGCAAAGGCAACCACAUCAACCCCAACUGAAGCAAAGACAACCACCCUAACCCCAACUGAAGCAAAGACAACCACCUCAACUCCAACUGAAGCAAAGACAACCACCUCAACCCCAACUGAAGCAAAGACAAUCACCUCAACCCCAACUGAAGCAAAGACAACCACCUCAACCCCAACUGAAGCAAAGACAACCACAUCAACCCCAACUAGAGCACAGUCAACCAGAAUACAGACAGAUAACAGACAGACAGAAAGCAAUGAGACAACCAGAAUGCAGACAACCAGAACAAAGCCAGGCAGCACACAACCAAAGACCACACAACCAAAUACCACACAACCAACUACCACACUACCAAAGAUCACACCAGAGGUUACAGUGGGAAGAAAAUCCCCUCAACGUACUGUAUUGGAGUCAGAGGCUGAUACCACAGAGGGUUUUUCCAUAGAUGUCCCCAGUCUACAGGAAGAGGGGUUGAACACUGUCCACACAUCACUGAUCCCAGACCUGCUAACAAAGGAUAGAGUGGCCCCAGAGGCAACAAACACUGCAGAUCAGACCAAUAACUUCUCCCAGAUCCCUCAGUCAAACACAGACACAAAUACAGGGACAGGAACAGAGACAGAGAGUUCUCCUAAAAGCACAAAGCCAACCUCCAGCAUCAAUGACAUUAGCACAGAGAGGAGACAGAGCGUUGCUCCUGUAAGGACCACAGGUGAGAGGGGGAGGUAUGGAACAACAAACUCUGGACAUGUAACGUUCUCCAACUCUGUCCCGUCACAAUCCAGAAUCCCCUGGAAUUCCAGGAGCAGGCCCGGCCAGAGGAGACGCAUCAACAGACCCAGAGGACGACCCACUGCCCGCCAGAAUACCCCAGGUCCAACCUCCCCUCACCAGAAUACUCCAGGUCCAACCUCCCCUCGCCAGAAUACCCCUGGUUCAACCUCCCCUCGCCAGAAUACCGCAGGUCCAACCUCCCCUCGCCAGAAUACCCCAGGUCCAACCUCCCCUUGCCAGAAUACCGCAGGUCCAACCUCCCCUCGCCAGAAUACCCCAGGUCCAACCUCCCCUCGCCAGAAUAUCCCAGGUCCAACCUCCCCUCGCCAGAAUACCCCAGGUCCAACCUCCCCUCGACAGAAUAUCCCAGGUCCAACCUCCCCUCGCCAGAAUACCCCAAGUCCAACCUCCCCUCGCCAGAAUACACCCAGAGCAACACUUACAGACCCCAGGGAACUGCCAGCAGCUGCUACAACCACUACUAUAACCACUACUAUAACCACUACUAUAACUGCUGCUCCAUCCUCUACUAGGAUCACUGCUCCAUCAAGCACAUUCGUCUCCCCCCCUGCCUCCUUUCCUGCCUCUCCCCCCCAGACACACACAGACAGGGUGACUCACUCAGCAAACACUGCUGCUCGUCUCCCUGACAGGUCCCAAACGACUAGCACACACACACAGAUUCGCACACACGCUCGCACACACACUGGCAAACAUACACCCACAGUCACAACAACUAGUACACACACAGGCAAACAUAAACCCACAGUCACACACAGCGACACAGACAAACAGAGUUAUGCUGAAACAGAGGGUCAGGUCUGGGCUACUUCAAAAGAGCAGGAUCCAUCUGUCUUCAACCAACACAACCCAGAGGAUAUCAAAGCAACUCCCCCUCAGUCUGGAACCACACCAGGCAGAACAACAUCUACUGGCACUGAGAAAGAACCCAGUGAGAUAGAACCCCUUUACCCAGCUACUGAUGAAGAACCCAAUGAGGAAGAACCACCAGCAACUGAUGAAGAACCCAGUGAAAUAGAACCACCAGCAACUGAUGAAGAACCCAGUGAGAUAGAACCACCAGCAACAGAUGAAGAACCCAGUGAGAUAGAACCACCAGCAACGGAUGAAGAACCCAGUGAGAUAGAACCACCAGCCACUGAUGAAGAACCCAAUGAGAUUGAACCACCAGCCACUGAUGAAGAACACAAUGAGGUAGAAUCACCAGCAACUGAUGAAGAACACAGAGAGGUAGAACCAUCAGCUAUUGAUGAAGAACCCAGUGAGAUAGAACCACCCUACCCAAUCACUGAUGAUGAACCCAGUGAGAUGGAACCAGUUUAUCUAGCACCUGAUGAACCAGAGGAGAGACAGCCAGAGUCAGAAAAAAACAACUCUCUUUCAUCUACAACACAACUACUGUCCCCAAACACAACUGAAACAGCAGCUACCACUGCUUCAGCCAUCACCUCCUCUACAGUCAUGACCUCCAUUAGAAGAACUACCACUAUAACUAUUCCUACAACUACUACAACCACUAUUCCCACAACUACUACCGCUAUUCCUACAACUACAACUACUAUUACUUCAACCACUAUUCCCACAACUACUACCACAACUUCUACCACUAUUCCCACAACUACUAUCACUAUUCCCACAACUACUACCACUAUUCCCACAACUUCUACCACUAUUCCCACAACUUCUACCACUAUUCCCACAACUACUAUCACUAUUCCCACAACUACUAUCACUAUUCCCACAACUACUACCACUAUUCCCACAACUACUACUACUAUUCCUACAACUACUAUUCCCACUACUACUACUACUACUACCACUCCUACUACUACAACAGUCUGGAGGAAUCCAGGGGUAAACGGCAUCCCAGACUCACAUGGCAGUCGCUACCGCCCCCCACCUUACCCCACCUACCCACAACACCUUAUCACUAGGCCUGACCCAGUCAGAACUCCACCCCCUAUAAAACACGCACCCUCUCUCCCACACCCGGUCAACCCCAAACUCCUUCUCCCAGACAUUUUAGAGACCCCUUCCUCUGCAGUCCCCACCACAAGUGCUCCCUCGAGCCCCCCCAAGACCUCCCCACCCACCACAGACCCUCAGGCCGGGCUCAACACUGGCUCUACUCCUCCUCAUUCCCCACCCCUCUCUCCAGACCGUAGUGUGACUGCCCAACGCUCCCCUCAGACCACUGUCCUGCGUGUCAGGCCCCGUAUCACUCCCCCCCAUGUGCGCCCCAUGUCUGUCCCAGCUGAGAGUGACGCCCUCCUGCCAUGCGAGGCCAUUGGACAGCCUCCUCCAACAAUCACCUGGAUCAAGGUCUCCACAGGAGCUGUGAUGUCACUGGACUCCAAGGCAGAGCGUUUCCAGGUCCUACCCAACGGAACCUUUCUCAUCCAGAGCGUGCAGGUCCAGGACCGGGGGACAUAUAUCUGCAGCGCACAGAACUCUGUGGGCCUUGACCGCGCCAUGGUGACCCUGGAGGUCUGGUCCCGCCCACCACGCAUUCAGCUACCCACUCACAGAGAGGCCACAGUGCACCAGGGGGGCGAGGUGAGGUUGGAGUGUCGUGCUCAGGGGGUGCCUGUCCCUCUGCUGUCCUGGGUACUACCUGACCGCUCCGUUCUGACCCCCAACCUUAACUCAAACCCUGCCCAUGGCCCUCACCCCCGGGUGUCUAUAUUCCCUAAUGGUACUCUGCGUAUCGUGGCUGUCGGCCCAGCAGACAGAGGACUGUAUCGCUGUGUAGCCUCCAACCCAGCAGGGGCAAGCAGUCUGUCAGUCCGACUCCAUGUCUCAUCCCUGCCUCCAGCCAUCCAGCAGCCCAGAGAGGAGAGGGUAACCCAGCCCGCUGGCAUGCCUGUCUACGCCCACUGCUCUGCCCGGGGAGCCCCCGCUCCCUCCAUCCGCUGGAGGACCCCUGACGGCACCCUGCUGCUCCCCUCUCAAUUCCUCAACGGGAACCUGUUUGUCCUCCCCAACGCCACCUUGCUGAUACGCAAGCUUGCCACUAAGGACUCUGGGAGCUACGAGUGCCUGGCGACUAAUGCAGUGGGUGGGGAUAAGAGGACGGUGAGGGUGGAGGUGACUGGAGAUGAACGAGGAGGAGUUGUCUCCACAGAUAAAACUACAUCCUCCUCUUCCAUUAACAGUAACUCUGACCUGACCCCCUCCUCAGCCAUUCUUAACCCUCCUCUCCGGUCCUCCUCCCCCCUCAGUAAGGCUAAGAUCCUCUCCACCUCUCCAUCCAGUUCUAUAGUCGUAUAUGGUGAAACUCUGCUCCUUCACUGUUCAGCAACCGGCAACCCAGAGCCUAGAGUAGUCUGGAGGACACCUGGCAAGAAACUAGUGGAUGCCCACUACAGUUUUGACAAGAGGAUGAAGGUACACAGUAAUGGAACCCUGUAUAUCCAGUCGGUGACAGAGAAAGAUGGGGGGGACUAUUUAUGUGUCGCACGAAAUAAAAUGGCUGAUGACUACCGCCUCCUCCGUGUCACUGUGGUCACAAAGCCCACGAAGGCCGCUAAGAUUGAGCCAAAGCAGCCGUUCAAUCAGAAGGUGGUGUCGUAUGGAGCAGCUUUAAAGGUAGACUGUCUGGCGACCGGGCAGCCCGACCCCGCAGUGAGAUGGAGCCUACCGGACGGAACCUCAGUGAACAGCAUACUGUUGCAAGGGGACGAGAGAGGGGGACGGAGGAGGCGGCUGGUGGUGUUUGACAACGGGACUCUGUUCCUCCCCUCAGUGGGGAUGGGGGAGGAGGGGGAGUACGUCUGCCACGCUGAGAACCAGGUGGGGAGAGACUCCAUGAGGGUGAUGAUCAAAGUCCUCGCCUCACCCCCUUCCUUCCCUAGAACCAGAUAUGAGGUCAUCAAGGUGCAACAAGGGGGUGUGGUGGCUCUGAACUGUGGGGCCAAAGGAGAGCCCAUCCCUACAGUCACAUGGUUCUCUCCAAUCAAUCGUGUCAUCCCUGUGGGGGGGUCCGGUCCAGUUGUAGUGCGGCCAGAUGGCUCCUUGGUGAUCCAGGGGGCUAGAGGGGCUGACGGAGGAAACUACACCUGCCGAGCCAGCAACACUACUGGGGAGAGGAGCAGGGUGAUGGGGGUGGAGGUGAUGGUGACCCCAUCCAGCUUCACUCUUAAUGGGACUAGGGGUGGACUCGAUGGGACAGACAGACAGACAGCUGUUGUUAGUGGUAGUGGACUCAGUGCUGGGAUCACCAUCAGUCAGUUUGCAGGGAGGGUUCAGUCAGUCAGUAUUGGUAAUGGUGUCAGUAGUAGUAAUGGUGUCAUUAAUAAUGAAGUCAGUCAUAAUGGAGUUAGCAAUGUAGGGGACCAGAGGGUCUCAGCAGUAAGAGGCCAGACAGUUAUUUUGCCCUGUCCAUCCCAGGGCUUCCCUCCACCCCGCCCGGCCUGGUUGCUGCCUGGUAACGGGGUUCUCCCGGCGCCUUACUACGGCAGCAGACUCACCGUGCACCGCAACGGAACCCUGGAGCUGCGGGGGGUGAGGGCAAGCGAUGCUGGCAUGCUGGUGUGUGUCGCUCGCGGUGAGAGGGGCGAGGCUCGGAUCAUGGUAAAUCUGGAGGUCAUAGACACACCGGACACACCUCGCUCCAGAGGCCCAGUGACCACAGAGAAACCUCGCCCAGUAGGCCCAGUCAGCACAGAGAAACCUCGCCCAUUAGGCCCAGUUAGCACAGAGAAACCUAGCUCAGGAGUCACAGUUACAGAGGAGACAUCUCGACCCAGAGGUCCAGUAACCACAGAGAAAUCUCGCCAGGAGACACCUCACCCGAGAGGCCCAGUCACUACUGAGAAACCUCACUUGGGAGGCCGAGUCAGCACAAAGAAACCUCGCCCAGUAGGCGGGGAUAAGAGGACAGUACCAGGAGUCCCAUUCCGAGGGGACACACCUCGCCCAAGAGGCCCAGUGCCAGAGGCAGCGAGGAGUGUCAUCCUGGAGAGGAAGCCUGUGGUCGUCAGCAGAUCAGCUUCUCUGGUCAGCAUCAUAAGCGGAGAGAAUCUACGGCUACCCUGCCCCCAGACAGACAGCCCCAGUCAGAGUUCCAGCCAGACUCAGCCUUUGACCUGGACGUUGCCCAGCGGGGUGGUCGUGUCUCGGGGCCAGACGGCAGGGACGGGUCAGUACUCAGUCCUGGAUGACGGGACUCUGACGGUGCAGCAGGCGUCUGUGUUCGACAGGGGGACCUACUCCUGUCGAUCCACCAAUCAGAACAUGUUGUCUAUCCUGACAGUUCCAGUGAUUGUCAUCGCCUACCCCCCCCGCAUCACCAACGGCCCCCCUCCCCUCACCUACACCCGGCCCGGAGUUGCUGUGCAGCUCACCUGCUACGUCAUAGCAACCCCCCGAGCGACCAUCACCUGGGAAAUGCCGGACCAAUCCCAGCUAAGGGUCACAGGUCAGGCCCGUCUCUAUGGCAACCGGUACCUGAGCCCCCAGGGUUCCCUAGUAAUCCAGAACCCGACCAGCAGAGACACUGGGUUCUACCGCUGUACUGCACGGAACGUCAUUGGAACCGACACCAAGGCCACUUAUCUACAUGUGAUCUAACAGAACACACACAGUGAGACCUGGUCCUGCUUAUCCUCGUGUCUGGAGGAGACACACACACACACACACACACACACACACACACACACACGCACACACACGCACACACACGCACACACACACUUUUUGCCCUACGAAACUGCAAAGUUGAGUACAGAAAAUACUGUUCAACCAAAGACUGAUAAAAUAUUGUAAAUAGAGAAUAUAAAACCAAAUGCAUCUUACAGCCAUAGUGUGUUAUGCAUCUAACAGCCAUAGUGUGUUAUGCAUCUUACAGCCAUAGUGUGUUAUGCAUCUUACAGCCAUAGUGUGUUAAGCAUCUAACAUCCAGAGUGUGUUAUGCAUCUAACAUCCAGAGUGUGUUAUGCAUCUUACAGCCAGAGUGUGUUAUGCAUCUAACAUCCAGAGUGUGUUAUGCAUCUUACAGCCAGAGUGUGUUAUGCAUCUAACAUCCAUAGUGUGUUAUGCAUCUUACAGCCAGAGUGUGUUAUGCAUCUAACAUCCAUAGUGUGUUAUGCAUCUAACAUCCAGAGUGUGUUAUGCAUCUUACAGCCAGAGUGUGUUAUGCAUCUAACAUCCAGAGUGUGUUAUGAAUCUUACAGCCAUAGUGUGUAAUGCAUCUUAAAGCCAUAGUGUGUUAUGCAUCUAACAUCCAGAGUGUGUUAUGCAUCUUACAGCCAGAGGGUGUUAUUUAUCUUACAGCCAGAGUGUGUUAUGCAUCUUACAGCCAGAGUGUGGUAUGCAUCUUACAGCAAUAGUGGAGUUGUAAAAGCAAUGAGCAGCUCUGAGAAGCAACGUCAUCAUUCAGCAACAAUAAAUAUUGUCAACAUCACAGACUAUAUCAGGGAGUAAAAACAUCAGCUGUUGCAAUACACAUCAUGCAAGACAACAUAUUCAGCUCUGUAUUACAACCUUUAUGAACUUUUACCUCCAUAAUAUCUAAAGUGGCCUUAUGAGUCCCGUGUAUAGUUGUGUAUUUAUGAGCAGAACAAAUGUUUGAUGGUAGUCACAGAACUCCUCCAAUGAUAGUUCUGUGGAGCCACAGGAGGCUGCAGCACUCUGUGUCUGCAGCUCUCUGUGUCUGCAGCACUCUGUGUCUGCAGCUCUCUGUGUCUGCAGCGCUCUGUGUCUGCAGCGCUCUGUGUCUGCAGCUCUCCAACCCUGCAGGCUCGAUCACUCUUCCAGCCAUUUAGGCUGUAGGCUACAUACAUCCCAGAUCUGUCAAAUAAACACAACAGUUACCAAGUCUUUGAAGAUGGUAUUUGUAGUAAUUACAUAUUUUUAUAUACAGUAGAAUAGAUGUCUGUAUGGCUCCAGUGUCUGAUCAAGCAUGUAAAAUCUGAUAUCAUCAUGUUUUAAUUUCGUUUAAAUUAUUUGUCUUGUAAAGACUGUGAUGUAAAGUUGUUAUUUUGUGCCUCUUGUCAUAAAGAUGAUAACAAUUAUGCUUUUUUCCCCAACUGCUACAUUUUAUAAAUAAAAGAUAAAACAAAUUCAGUCUGCUCAUCAAAGCAUGGUCUUUUAGGUGUGUAGGUGUGUGUCCUGGGACAGAACCAGUGGGUUUGUUUGGGAACAUCAGGCUUUGUAUCCCAUGAG